AUGUACCAAUCCUCUUAUAAAACUGAUGGACAGAAUGAAACAGUUUUCUUUGAUAACUGUCAAAGACGAUGUUAUGAAUUGACGGUCACUGACAAUAAAUGCCCUUUUCGUGUCUAUCAAUCGGAACGACUACACUGUCUAAAACUUAAUGUUGAUGAAUUUCGCACCAAAGUUCCAGACUUUGAAAACACUGAAAUACUCGAUGACUUGGAAACUGUCCUGCAUUCAAUUAGCAACAUUAAAAAGCAGUAUGUAACAAAUAAAUCAAAAGCUGCUAUCUUGGAAUCCACAACCACAUUAGGCUACCAGUGCCAUAACUUGUGUAGGAAAAUCACCUCCUACAUACCUACUCUGAAGUCCAGAAUACACGAAUUUACCGAGGCGGGACCUGGCGUGGGUGUUACCAAUCAUGAUGUGAAAUACAGGACUGCUGAAGUGAUCAUGCUAACUAAUCCUGAUUACUAUAUUCGGCAUCACCUUUCCAAUGGUGAUAGUAGUCACAACGAGGUGGAGCGGAUUCAGUCAUACGUUGGUGAUGCCAUCUGUGAUGGGGGUCCAUUAGAAUGGGAACACCAACAUCAGGAAGGACUAACAAAUGAACAUAUAGAACAGAAGAAGCUUGCUGAAAUUGAGGACUAUGAACUUAAACGGAUUGAAUACAACGCCUUUAAGGUCUGUGACGAUCUUACUUGUCGGAUUGAUGAAGCUCCUGCCCCGGAUGGAUACAUGAAGGCCUACACCUCACAGAAGAACGAGGACCUUUGA